AUGUCGAAAAAGAUAUCGACCAGUAGUAGAAACAACCCGCAACAUCCGCCGGCGGCAGAAAUCAUCGCGAGCAAUGUGGAUCUACUAACUGAGAUACUUUUACGGGUGCCAGUAAAACCCCUCGUGAAAUCCAAGUGUGUAUCCAAGCACUGGCUCUCUCUCAUCUCCGACUCCAACUUUGCUAUCAACCACACCCGCCGCAACCCCACUCCACUGGUCUCCGGCAUAUACUUACACUCCGUUUGGCGCCUUACAGAACCCUUAAAUGACCAUGUUUUACCAGUCUCCGUCUCCGGCCACCACCGCACUAGUCUCCCCACUCUCUCCUUUCUCGACGGUGUUUUACCAAGAUCUCAAACAAGUGCAAGUAUCUCUUCCAAUGGCUUAAUGUUGUUUUGCGAUAGAGAUAUGAGUUAUAUUGUUUGUAAUUUAACCACCCAAAAGUUCAUACAACUUCCCAAACCUAGUGGCAUUUUACCUGGAGGGUAUUCUCAUUAUCUUCCCUACUUGAUUUUCGAUCCUACGAAAUCACCAUGUUACAAGGUUGUGUUGGUCAAUAGUUCUAGUCAUUUUAAUGCUUCCCAAUUGGCUAUUUACACUUCCGAAUGUGCGUCUUGGAAGAACUCGAGUCUCUCACCAUCAAUUGAGACCUCCAUAUAUAGUGCCAUUUGGAAUGGAGCAAUUAUUUGGAUGAGAUGCAAGGAUUGGAGGGGGAAUUGCUCGAGGCACGAGCACACCUACUCUCGACUGGACGUGGAUACAGAGAAGCUGACAGUAACUCGAGUGCCUUCAGACCCUAGUCUUUCGAAACAUAUGCUUUAUUUCGGAGAAUGCGGUGGUCGUUUGCUUCGUAUUCAACUUCCUUCUCAUGCUGCUACGGAAUUUAGCAUUCUUGAGAUGGACAGAGAUGACUUCCGCUGGAUUGUCAAGGACCGGGUAGAUCUAAAGUCCUUAAUAUUGCCGAAUAGAAGUAGUUGCGUAAUUUCAGUGAUAAGCAUUGUGAAAGGAACAAUGGAAAAUGAUAUCGCAGUGGUGUUCUGCAACCGGGGCAAAGUCAUUUCCUGUAAUCUUGAGUGCAGGAGAAUGAAGGUGAUUUGUGAGUUGUGCCCUGGUGAGAUUGCAAGUUACGCACCAGGGGAACUUGACAAAAAUUAUCUUCAAUUCAUCGAAACUGUAAAAGGUGCUUGUUCAGCUCUAAUAUCUUUUGUCAUCACUGCGUAUGAUGGAUUCUCAUAUAACAUCUUUUGUCACUCGCCCUUAGAUGUUACUGUAGUGGUCGAUGACUCUGUACUGGAGCAUACACUAAUGUGGCUUUACACAUGA